UAUUGCUCUUUCAGCACAAUAUUAUGCUAUUAUAUUAUGUAUAAUUCGUCGUCGUAAAAGCCAAAAGGGUCUCCCGUAGACACCAUCACUGUGCAAGUAAUUACGAGUGCGUGUCAUCUUCACUAAAGUUAUUAUAACGCCUCGCAAGCAUUUUCCAUUUAUUCGCCAUCGUCACAUACAUAAAUCUGUGAAUUAUGAGUGCUUGUCAUCUUCCCCGUCGUGUUUACUUAAGUUAAUACAACGCCUCAUACGCGUUUUCCAUUUAUUCGCCUUCGUGCAAACACAUUACCUGCCGACGGUCGCGAUCACAUAUUUCGCCGACGCACGAUAUUCAUCCAUACUAGUGCGCGUGUUUUUUCUUCUGCCGUGCAAACAUUAUUGGCCCACAGUCCACAAUAUACCCACUGACGAUUUCACCCACUUGUUGCUGUUACUGCCCAUUUAUCACCUGCUCUUAUCCAUCUCAGGAGGACAAGCACCCGAAAUAAAAUGUCGGACUAGUAAUUAAAAAACAUUAAGGAGAACAUAAUUCAGUAUGGAACCAUUAAGACCAUCAAUUAAUGAGUCUGCAAUAAAUUCCAAUUCUAGUAUGUUGACAAUCCCACUUGUUGGAUGUGAUGAUCCAGUAUUUAAACAGGAAUUUAUUGAUGAGACAGACCAUAAAAAUGAUCAAGUUCUUAAUACAUUUAUUAAACAGGAAUUAAUUGAUGAAACGGACAAUAAACAUUAUCGGUUACUCAUGAGCUUUAUGAAUUCAGACAUUGCUUAUAACAAGAAUGCCGACCUUUGGUCAAUAGGAAAAUGUAUAUUUUGUAAAGAAAAAAUAGAGGAAGAUUCAAAAAUCCUAAAAUGUCUUCAUACUAUUUGUAAAGACUGCAUUAAGAGAAAAAAUACUGAUUCAGGUAUAUGGUGUAAAUGUAAAAUAGUGACUAAAGGUGAACUCAUUGAUUACUCGAUUAUGGCACUAAAUCAAUCACAGGUAAAGAUAUGUUGUGGAAAAAAUUGUCAACUCAUAGCAAAGAAAAUCUGCAUGCAUUGCAAAAGCAUGUAUUGCAAACCAUGUUCAAAGAUCCAUUCAAUUAAGAAUGAAGAUCAUAACCCUGACUUGAUGAUGACUUAUCCAUUAAAAAAAGAAUUUGUUCCUUGUCCAAAAUGCAUGCAAAAAUCUGUAGAAGUAUUUUGUACAAAAUGUUCGAUUAUGCUUUGUGCUAUUUGUCAUUUAAACUUUCAUCAGAAACAUGAAUUUAAUCUUCUUUCCACAAUGGCCGUUGAAACCAAGGCAGAAUUGCAAACAUUACUAAAUGAUAUAAGCAAAGACAACAAUCAUUUAAACUUUAUAAGGCAAAUGUCAAAUGAUAAUAUCAAGAAAUUGAAAUCCGAGAAGAAGAAAAUUAAUGACAAAAUUGAUGAAAGAAUCAAAAUGAUACACAAAGAAGCUGAUAAACGCGGACUUGAAUUAAAAAAAUUACUUGAAACAAAUUUCACAAAUGCUGUUAAUAAUAUUAAUACUAAUAAUAUGGUUAUUAAUGAUUUUGAAAAAGAAAAUGAUUAUUAUUAUAGUUUAACAAGCUCGGUUAUCAAUUGGGAUAAAAUUGUUGAUUGCAUUAAACUUUCAAAAAUUAUCAAGGAUAAAAUGGUCAUUGCUAAGAGACAUACCCAAGACAUGCGUAAAGAAGUGACAACUUCUAAAGCUGAAUUGAUAUACAAUGAUGAACAAUCUGUGAACAAAAUUAUAGAAUCAAUUCAAGGAAUGGGAGAUAUUAUUUCAUCAAAAAUUGUUAGUUUAUCAGAAUUUAAAAUCACAGUUGACUCAAAUAAAGUUCUCCAAACUCUUAAAAAUGAUCAAUCUCAGAUUUUAAGAUCCGAACCGGUGAUGAUACAAUCUGGAGUGAGUAAGCUAGAAAAAGAUAAUUAUGAAAUGAUGAUAGACGAAGUUUCUGACAGUUCAGACUUUAAACCACUUGUAAAUUCUGAUUGUAAUCAAUGGACUGAAGAAUUAUUAAACAGCUCAUCCAGUAAUAAGUCUUAUCAUAAUGAUUGUCAUAUUCCUUCACUAGCUAAGGAGCUUAAACCUAAAGAUGUUCAUAAUAUAAAUACAAUGAAUCAACAGCAGCAGCAGCAGCCACAACAGCAACCAUCAUCACAACCACAAAUGAAUGACAACCAAAAAAGAUCCAAUGAACAAACUGAUAAAGAUGAUUGUCAGUCGAAUGAAGGAUUUGUUGUGAAGAUGCGUGGCCUAUCAUGGUCAACUACAACUGAUGAUAUAAUCAAAUUUUUAAGCCCAUUGGGUGAAGCAAAGGUUAAAGAUGGUGCUUCUGGAGUACAUUUUACUAUGACUACAGAAGGACGUCCUAGUGGUGAAGCUUAUGUUGAAAUGGAAUCCAAAGAAAAUCUUAAGGCUGCUCUUAAGAAAGAUGGAAAGUUCAUGGGCAGUCGUUUCAUUGAUGUAUUUCGAUCAAAACGUUCAGAAAUGGAACGGGCUAUUAAAAAAACUGGUUCAACACUUGACAGUGAACUAUAUGAUAAUUGUGUUCACAUAAGAGGUCUUCCCUUUGGUUUUACUGAGGAUGACAUUGUAGAAUUCUUCCAAGGGUUGGAGAUGAUACCAAACGGCAUAACCAUAGCAACCAACUCCACGGGGCGGAGUACGGGGGCAGCUUUUAUACAAUUUAUAAACAAAGAGAAUGCAGAGGAAGCUCUGAAGAAACACAUGAAGAAAAUAAGACAAAGAUAUAUUGAGGUAUUUCGCAGUAGUUUAACAGAAAUUUGCAAUCAACCACUGCAAAGAAGACCAAGACAAACUCCAUAUGACCGAAACGAUCGUUUUGCUAGUAGUGGUGGUGGCAGUGGUGGCAGUCGUGGUAGAGGACGGCACUUUGAUAUGUCCAUGGAAACUGAACGUAAUAUGAAGUUAUUUGGCAGUGGUAGAAGUAUGGGUGGACCAAGAGGUGAUGGCAGAGGCAGCAACAGUGGUUUCAGCGGUGGAAAUUCUUUUUGGGAUAAAGACAUUUUCUCGGCGUAAUGAUAACUCUGGUCCUCCUAAUUCAUUUUUUUCAAAUAAUAUAGGUGAAGGUGGAUAUCCAAGACCUUCUGUAACAAAAUACAACUAGAUUUCGGGGAAACAAAUUAAUAUAAUUGAGUUUUUUUCAAUAUAAUAUGUAAAUAUCGUUUAAAUUUAAUUUUUUGGAAAAUCCAUAAACAAUAAUGCAAAAUGUCUCGAAAGUGAAGUUUGAUUUUUUUUUUAUAAUUUAAUGAUUUAUUAUUUUUAUUUUUUUUAAUCAGAAACUUUUGCUCAAUCAUUAUUUUUAGCAAAGUUAUACCUACUGUAUCAUGUAAAAAGAAAGUUUUUUUUUUGAUUAAAUAUUUUUACUAAAA